AUGCCAGAAGGAGAAGCUGGGUUUACGUUUGACAACGGCUGUCGGAUAUCACAUGGAUUGGCACAUGUGAAGAAGCCCUUCAACAAUAUCAACCUGACGAUGCACGAACUAUGUUCAAGGAGCAAACACGUCUUCUCUGGUCAGCUUGGGUUUAUCGAGUUUACGUCGGAAUUGCGUCUGCCACGGCACAUCCAUAUGUCCCUGGACCAAGCAAAACUGACAGAUGAGCGCAUCUUGGUGCUGCACGGGACGGGAAUGGUUGAGCUCGCUGGCACGCUGUAUGUUGCCGCCCCGGGUUCUCUUGUUGAUAUCAUCGGUGGAGUGCCACACACAUGGACCGCCUGUCCUGCUGGGGUGAGAUUGCCCGACGGUUCGGUCUCGGAUGGGUCGUUUACUAUGAUCUAUGAGUACGAGGAGCCAACUAGAUUCUUUCCAACUGCAUCCACCAAGGUCGUGACGCAGUUGUCGGAAUACGUCGCAUUCGAGGGCGCAUACGACGACAUUCUCAUACCAAAAUUGAGUGCGGGGGAAGUCUCUAAGACAGUCAAAGUUGUUUUUAACAAGGAGCUCAAGGAGCUCCAACUAGCUUGA